AUGAAAUCUGAGGAAGGCGGUGACGGUGUGAAUUAUAGUGGGAAUUUUGUCACGGAUACGUUUUUUCCAACAUUUGACGAUGCGGUUACAUGGGUUGAUGGUGUUUCCAUAAAUUUGGGAUUUAUUUUGGUGAAAUCGUCUUAUAACAAAACCAGAGAUGGUCGGCCGUAUCGGUAUUUGCGAUGUGAUCAGUCACGAAGGAACAAGCCGAGAGAUUUGGAGAAUGCGAUACGAAAGGACACAAAAAUCAAAGCUAAUGGUUGUCCAUUCUACAUCAAGAUAUAUAAUGAAGUCAGCACCGACAGUUGGAAGAUCAUUGCGAAAAAUGAUCACACCAGGACACAUAACCACCCAAUGAUUGUGUACCAAGAGGAUCACCGUAAAGUGAGCGGAUUGAGUCCGGGUGCAAAACAGGUUGUGCGGGACAUGACAAAGUCCAAGGUUGCGCCCCAUAACAUCAUGUCAACUAUUGCCAAGCAAUUUCCUGAUGAUCAUCCAAACAUCCGACACAUUUAUAAUUGUCGGAAUGACUUCAGGAUUGAGAUGUCCGAAGGAAGAGGAAUUGUUCAGCAAUUUCUUCAUCUGGCGAGAGAGAGUAAAUACAUUUACUAG